AUGGAAGAGGAGAUUGUGAAUGGGAGAGUUCCUCCCCAAGGUCCUCAAGCCAACCAAGUUCCUAUUGAUCCUCCGGCUAUGACAAAUGAGAAAGUUAGGUCGGAUCUUUUGAUGAUGGCUCAAGCCGUAACUACUCAAGCCCAAGCUAAUAGGGGUGUUGAAACUCAUAUGAACCCUAUUGUGAGAACUAUGGCUUCUAGGUGGAAGUAUUUUGUGAGGAUGAACCCUCCGAUAUUUCUAGGUUCCAAGUAUGCUCCAUCUUUGGUGUCUAACCCAAGGGAUGAGAUUAGUAGGUAUGUGACGGGUGUGUCCGACAUAGUUGAGGAAGAGUGCCGUACAACAAUGCUCCAUGAAGACCUGAAUAUUUCUAGGCUCAUGGUAUAUGCUCAAUCUAUUGAGGAGUCCAAACUUAAAAGGAAGAAUAGGGAAAUGAAGAGAACUAGGUUCGACGAGCAAGGUCAACGAAGGUUCAAAAAGAGAGCUUUUAAACAAGAUUCUUCAAGCACUCCUAGGGUUAACCAAGAGAAAGGAAUUGGACCUCCAUUUUCUAAACCUACUUGCCACAAUUGUGGAAAGAAGCAUCAUGGAAAGUGCCUAGCCGGUACGAGUAGGUGUUAUGGUUGUGGAAAGAAUGAUCACCAAGUGAAAGAUUGCCCUACUCUUACGGCCAAAGGAAGAGAGGUCAAACAAGCUUCUCUUAAUGGCCCAGAUCUUGAUGCUCCAAAGAAAAAUCAUUUCUGUGUACUUCAAGGUAAAGAGGGAAAAUGA